UAAAGGAACUCGUGAAUACGCUAUCUCGGUGGCGUAUGUUAACGUUGGCCAUACGGCAGAAAAUUAUAUGGAUGUCGUUUCUAUAGUGAACGGCAAUGUAUGGGUGAAUAUGUGGGCAACUGCAUAUGCAUUACCCAUGUGGCGUAGGACACAUGGGGGCCGUUCGUGAGUGCUGGCACGAAGGGUCCAGUUGUGAAUAUUUAUAUAUAUAUGCUGUCAAAUUUCUACAGGUACGCUAACCAUGAUUGCGAUAGGUUAAGAACAAAUAGCAUUCGGCUAGUUAUAUAUAGGGAGAGACGUAAUUUGUGCCAAGCCACCGGCGCUAACCCCGUAAGUCCAAAGCUAUUUGGCAGUUGUUUUGUUUUGUGAGGACGUAUAGGACGUGCAUGCAUCAUGGCAUAUCUUGGUUUGGUUGAUCGCCUUUCUUGUUAUGUUGUUUUACUAAAAUGUGAUGCUCUUACCUGAAUGUCCUCCUAGGUUUUCUGUUGUAGUAAUGUGACCGACGUAAUAUGCUAGUUCAACCUUGAGUUGAGAAGGUCCUUUUGUAAGUUAGUGGCUUUGGGUCUUGCGUGAACCUUACCGUUGAUCUUAACCUGUCAAUCAAACUAACCCUUGAUCCAUGCCUUGAAUCUAUUCCAACAAAAUCCUUGUUGCUUUUCCUUUCGUGACUAAGUCUUGAUUUUUGUCAACAAAGUCCUUCGAUUCAUCGUUCAAUAACCAGUUUAUCUUUUCUUGAUGUUGUAAUCUAUAUUGCUGGCUACCUUGAUUCCAACAUUUUAAAAAAAUUUGUAUUUUCAUUCUUGCUCAGUUAAUUUUGGAUAAAUUAAAAAGAUUCAUGAUGAUAAUAACUUUUGAAAUACAGUCCUUGAUGCAACAAUCAUGCAUCACAUCAUUUCAUGUCAUUUGUCAGUGCAUGGUGUUGCAUCAUGAUCGGGAAUCUGUAGACUGACUAAUGGGUAUGCGUUUGAGUAUCACUUCGUGGGUUGUCUUCGGUUCCUAUCUUGUCGUUGCUGGCGAUAUUGGGUUGCCACUCUUGAUUUCUUCUGUGGUGGUGUUUAGUCAUGUGACCUUGAUGCCGCGAUGGAACCUAAACUCUCGUGUGCGCUGCAGCCACAUGAUUGAGCUACUAGGAGCGCGCAGCUGCAGCUUCACCAUAUCCAACUACUGCUCCCAGCCCAUCUGGCCGGCGACGCUCGCCGGCGCGGGCACGCCGCAGCUGCCCACGACGGGGUUCAGGCUCGACCCGGGGCAGACCGCGCAGGUCCCGGCGCCGGCGGGGUGGUCCGGCCGGUUAUGGGCGCGCACGGGCUGCGCGUUCGACGCUGGCGGCAAGGGCGCGUGCCAGACCGGCGACUGUGGCGGGCGCAUGGAGUGCGCGGGCACCGGCGCCACGCCGCCGGCGACGCUGUUCGAGGUCACGCUGGGGAAGGGCGCCGGCGACCUCGACUACUACGACGUGAGCCUCGUCGAUGGGUACAACCUGCCCGUCGUUGCCGUCCCGCGGCCGCGGCAGGGCGCCGCCGCCGGCGGCUGCAACGCCACCGGCUGCAUGGCCGACCUCAACCGCUCGUGCCCCAAGGAGCUGCAGGUGGACCGCGGCGGCGGCACGGUGGCGUGCCGGAGCGCGUGCGAGGCGUUCGGGCAGGACCAGUACUGCUGCAGCGGCGCCUACGCGACGCCGACGACGUGCCGGCCGACGGCGUACUCGUCCGUCUUCAAGACGGCGUGCCCGCGCGCGUACAGCUACGCCUACGACGACGGCUCGAGCACCUUCACCUGCGGCAACGCCGCCGACUACACCGUCGCCUUCUGCCUCCCUCCCUCCGGGUAG